AUGAAUGUCAUCCGCCUAGCAUGGGCCACGGAGAUGAUUGACGAUAUCUAUACAACUGGACAUGACAUUGAUCUGAAGGCAUCGUUCGUCAAAGCCCUUGGGGAAGCCAAUGGGACCAAGGUCUAUCAUCAAGUCCUAGCACAUAACCCUCAUUUCAAUUCUGCAACUACACGACUGCAGGCUUCCUCUUGGCCCAAUUUCGUCAGUCUCAGUUUGUAUAAUGAACUCCGCGAAACACCAGCACCCGGCUACGGCUGGCAGGAAUGGUACGAGUACAUGAUUCCCGCAGCGGAAGCCGUCAAUACUGUGAAUCCCGAUGCCCUAAUUCUUCUUGUCCGAGACUACAAGUUCGCAGAUAAGUUGGGUUUCGAGCUCCACAAUUACGAAUUCGAUCAAACGUUCUCCACCUGCGCAGAGCUAGAAGCAGAUCUCAAUGCGGACGGCUUUUCUGCGGUAAACAUAUCGGAUAGCAGCGUGCAGAACAGACUGCCAGUGGUGCUGACAGAAUUCGGCUUCGCUCCUGAGACGUACCUGCAGUUGUAUUCUCAGUGUAUCAAGGACUUCGUCACCAGCAACCACAUUAGGUGGACCAUGUGGGAUGUCAGCGGCAGCUAUUACACCCGACAAGGCAUUCAGAACUACGAUGAGACAUGGGGUAAGUAG